AUGCUCGCAGGUCAAACGAUUUGUGGGUACGUAAGCAGUCAUUUCGGCUGGAGGAGCUACUUCCGCGUCAUUCCCUUCCUCGGCAUGAUCUCCUUCUUCAUCCAGCUCCCCUCCCGCGGGGAGUCCGACGGCCUCGGCCGCCCAGAGAAGCACUCGAAGCCAUUGCAGAUGAAUUUCCGCGAGGUGCUGCGAAGCAUCCGCGUGGGGUCCAACGUGCUCCUAUUUCUGCAGGGACUGCCGGGGUCCAUUCCGUGGGGCGUGUACAGCAGCUAUCUCCACGACAUUCUCGCGAACGAGAAGAAAUUCUCCGCCGAUUCCGUCUCUAUUUUUUCGUUCUUUCCUCACUCCCAGGCGUCGUCGCUGUUCAUCUUCUUCGGGAUCGGCGCGGCCUUCGGGAACGUGCUCUCCGGACUGGUCUGCCGGUUCUUCUACCGCGUCAAUCGAUCGUAUCUCCCGCUCGCCGUCGCGAUCGGCUAUCUCAUCAGCAUGCCGUUGCUCUCCGUUCUCUUCUCGCCCUCUCUCUCCGAGGGGCUCUCCGUCUCCGUCUCGUUCCUCCUCCACGCGCUGCUUCUCGCCGUGCUCGGCGUGCUGCUCAACAUCCCCGGGCCCGCUCUCAAAAGCAUUUUGCUCAACGUCAAUCGGCCGCAGUGCAGAGGAACCGCCACCGCGAUCGGGGAGGUGUUCAAUAACGCGGGAAGAAUCGUGGGGCCGAUCGUGUUUACGCAGAUGCUGAGGGAGGGAGAUCGCGUUGCCGCCAUGCUGAAGAUUAGCGGGUUCUUUUAUGUGUCGGCGGCGUUGUCGUUCUUGCUGCGGUUUACGAUCGAGAGGGACGAGGACGCAGUGCAGGAGUACGUGCAGAACAUGAAAUUGUCACCAUUGACGCCGAUGUCGAAUCAUGAGGAGAAGACGGAAAAGGACCCGCUAUUGCAACACGCGUAG